AUGUCAUCGAGUCCUGUUUGGAAAGUGCGACGUAAGUAUGAGUCUGUGGUAAGGAACGACGAUGAGUUAAUUGCCCAAGGGCGAAAUCGUCCAGGUUCGGGCACAAGUGAUGAUACAUCCAUUUCGUCAGCUACUGCCCUGACAGACUACGGGGAUCCAAUUCUGGAAAAGAACCAAGCAAGAAAUGCUGCUAACAACAAUUGUGUGGACAGUGUUCUCAAUAGAAGACUGGAGAGAAAACUCAAGAAAUUACCUCGAGAUGAUUUUGACAAUACUCGAGUAAUUAUAAAUAUCUCCGGAUCAAGGUUCGAAACCCACGAAAGCACACUUGCAAGAGUUCCUGAUUCCUUACUAGGAUCGCCAUCAAAACGGACGCCUCAUUAUGACCCGACGAAAAACGAAUUUUACAUCAGCACAGACCGUAGUGUAUUUGACAGUAUACUAUUCUACUACCAAUCUGGCGGAAGUACCGGUGGGAUUCUUGUGAAGCCGGACGGAAUAGCCGAUGGAAAGUUCCUCGAGGAGGUUAAGUUUUUUGAAUUAGGAGAGGACGCCGAAGGAAAACUGGGAUACAACGUGGAAAGUAGAGACGGUUUAUUGGAAUCAUUGCCCAGAGCAGGGUGCUCUUCAAAAAUAAGACAGCUCUUCGAUUCAAGCAAGACUACCAAAGCAUCCUCUUUACAUAAAGUUGUCGACGUUUGGACCAUACUCAUCACAAUCUUCUUCAUUAUUUUACUCUGCGGCAAAACAUCACCCUCUCUCAAAGAAGCUUUUGUUUCAGAACAAUGUUGUGACCAGAACAAAACGGAAGCUUUAUUGCGGCGACGUGAAAUCAAACUUUUCUGGUCUUUCAGCGAAAAAUUUUGCAUUUCCUGGUUUACGCUGGAAUACGCCCUUCGAGCAUUCAGUGCGACAAGUAGGAUGGCUUAUUUAAUUUCGGCUCAAGGUAUUUUUGACAUGUUAUCCUUUGCCCCUCACCUAAUGAUGCUUGUAAUUCAAGGUCUAGCGUCAGACACCUCAACAAUUCCUUUACAACGCGUACUUCUUUUCGUAACCUUCUUUUCACUUUUUAAGCUGACACGCUACUCGUUAGGCUUACAAGUGUUCUUGAAAACAAUUAAGGCAAGUCUUAAAGAACUAAUGCUGUUGUUAGUUUGCGUGGCAAUCAGCCUCGUACUAUUUUCAUCGAUGAUUUAUUACUGUGAGAGUACUGUGUCAGCCACUAGUUUCACCAGUAUUCCUGCGACAUUUUGGUUCACUAUCGUUACCAUGACUACGGUGGGAUACGGUGACAUAACGCCGGUCACAGUGGCGGGAAAAGUUUUCAGUGCGCUGUGUGCAGUGUUCGGAGUUUGUUGUGUCUUAGCGAUACCUUCAACAGUGAUUGUCACUAAUUUCAACUUCUUUUAUCUGAAACACAAGGAACUUGCAAAGCCAAAGAAGCCGAAUAGGCCUAAAAGUAGGAUGACUGUUUUGCAAAAAUGGGUCACCCGGUUUCGAAGUGUAUCAAUGUAA